AUGACAGAGCAAUUAGCAGAAGGAAUCUUGGAAGAGGUGCCCGAAACACCUACGGGGGAGGUCAUCCGUUAUAUUCCUCAUCAACCAGUGAUCCGAGACCAGGCCGAAUCCACAAAUGUGAGGAUAGUUUAUGAUUGUUCAGCUAAGACACAUUGUCAAGUACCUUCCUUGAACGACUGUUUGGAAGUAGGACCCCCUUUACAACCCAUGUUAUUUGACAUCCUUCUUCGAAAUCAUAUGAUGUUGUGUAUCACCGGAGAUAUUCAAAAGGCCUUUCUUCAAAUUAAAGUGAACCCAAGAGAUAGAGAUGCCCUUCGCCUUCUAUGGUAUGAGAACCUCGACUCAAGAACGUACCCCAGUACUGCUGAUGAGUUGUUAAAAAACACCUAUGUGGACGAUGUUCAAUUAGGCGGUGAUUGUGUAGAAGAGCUGAUCAGUUUCAAAAAGGAGGCCACGCGAAUAAUGGAAGAAGGAGGGUUUCACCUGCACAAGUGGCACAGCAACACUCCAGAGUUAGAAGAGCCACAGCGAAUUGAUGAUGAAACCCUACUAUCAAAAGCAAGCUCGACUUAUGCAAACUUAGUGGUUGGAACCCAUUCCCAAGAAACAAAGAUAACUGGAGUACCUUGGAACAAGGCAGAAGACACAAUUUCAGUUGGUUUCAUAAAGCCAUUGGGAACAAUGAGUGACGGUCCCCUUACCAAGAGAAAGAUGUUAUCGGCCAUUAAUGGUGUUUAUGACUUGUUGGGACUUGCAGCACCAGUGACCAUCACGGGAAAGAUCCUGUACAGUGAGGUUUGCUUAAGGAAACUGAGGUGGGACCAAGUGGUAACAGACGAGAUACAAAGAUCUAGGAACAACUGGCUGAAGGAAAUGGAAAGUGUCCGUCAAUAA